AUGAGCGACGAAGCUGGUGACGACGCUCAGCGCAAAGCUGAAGAGCGGGAGCGCAAGAAGGCCGAGGUGCGCAAGCGCCUUGAAGAGGCUGGAAACAAGAAGAAGGCUAAGAAGGGAUUCCUUACGCCUGAGCGUAAGAAGAAGCUCAGAAAGCUUUUGAUGGUCAAGGCCGCUGAAGACCUCAAGAGACAGCAAUUGUUGAAGGAGCAAGAAAGACAGAAGGUUCUUUCUGAAAGAACUAUCCCACUUCCAAAUGUCGACUCCAUCGAUGACAAGGCUCAACUUGAAAAGAUCUACAACGAUCUAUUCACCCGCCUCUGCCAAUUGGAAGAGGAGAAGUAUGACAUCAACUACAUUGUUGGACGCACUGAAGCUGAAAUCAACUCUCUUACCAUUGAAGUCAACGACCUCCGCGGAAAAUUCGUUAAGCCAGCUUUGAAGAAGGUCUCCAAAUACGACAACAAAUUCAAAAAGUCCGGAGAAACGAAGCAAGGCGGCGACUUCCGCGCCAACCUCAAAAUUGUCAAGAAAGACGUCAUGGAUGCUAUUGUCAACGUUAAGAAGAAGGACGAUAAACCAGAUUGGUCCAUGAAGAACAAGGAAAAGGCUGAAGAAAAAACUGCCGAGCCGGAGCCGGAACCAACUCCAGCUGCUGAGCCAGAAUCUGCCGAGCCAGAAGGAGAAGAAGAAGAGGGAGAGGAGGAAGAAGAGGAAUAA